GAUGCACCAGCUAUAUCUGAACAGUCCACGUUCCAUGUGGGUUACCUGCAAACCGCUGCUGUUAUUAGCCACCAGGACAUCAUGCAAGGAACAGCGAACUGCUACGGUAUGUCCCACUUGGUACCUUUCUAUUUUCCAGCCGUGGACUCUGUCGUCUUCGAUUCCUUAGUGGGCUCGGUUCAAGCCACCAAAGUCAAUGUUCCCGCCGAACAUCCUGCUCUUCCCCAAGUGUACCUGGGACCCUUCAGCAAUGAUGCCAGCGCCAUCGUCACCUCUGCUACUUCAGUUGGCUCCCUCGCCACAACCGACAUGCCAGCCUUUCCUUCGGAGAUUUCCCAGGUACACCCUAUCCCAAUUCAUUUUACAAACGCCACAGCCUUGGGUGCUCCACAAGUAACGUCACAGCCCUAUCGAAGGCCUUGCGAGUGGAAAAACAACGAGAGGCGUAUAUGCGGCGAACUCGUCGGUUGGCACUGUCAGGACCAUCUGGCCGUUGUCCACGGCAUCAUCAGCAUAUCAGGCAGCACCCGCAUCACAUGCGGUGUUUGUGGAGAGAAGAAGAAACGUAAAUUUAUUUUAAGGCAUUUUAGAGAGAAGUACAUUGGGUUCCAUCGCACAAAGCAAAAUGCCACAUAGACUAGUAGGCAAAGAUUGCUGUCUUCUGGUUUUACUUAUACUCCAUGAAAGUAUCUCAUUAAUUGUGCCGUUUGGUUACUUCCUGUUGCUCAUUCUUUCAUACGAGCUGUUUUUGUUCCAC